AUGGCUAGAACCCGAUCCAGAUCAACGACCACGACUCACUCCAACUCGAACAAGAAGCCGCGCCGUAAUCCUGAACGCGAGCAUCCCCGACCUUUCGGUAUCCAAGCAUUCCCACACAUCUUGGAGGCUGUAAUCGGUGCUGCUUCUCCUGAGGUGUUACGCGCCUUGCGCGCCACCUGUCGCGAGAUCUUCCGGGAGAUCAACCGACGCGAACGACACCUGAGCCUGGUGCAAAUGCCUGAGAUUUGGCCCCCGAAAGGUGAUGAGCUCUCUGAUGUAGACCUCACCGAGGAGGAGCGCGAGAAACGCUUGCCGCGACCGGUGUGGUCCAUGACGCCGUCCGGCGUACGCCGUGCAUGGCUGCCGGACGAAACGGACGUGCUGGACAUUGAUGGCUGGGUGUCACGGCUUUGGCUGAAAAUCAUUGAGCCGAACAUGGGCCUCUGGGACAAGGACGGGGAAGAUAUAUACGGCUACAACACAGAGGAUGGGACGGACUCCGACGAAGAUCCGGAGUAUCAGUUCGGAAUGCGGCGCGUGCCGUUGACUGAACACGAGCGGGAGAUUAGGCGCUGGCUUCGGAGGAACGAGGAGCUGUUUUAUGGCCGCUUCAACCCCCGCCUCGUGAGGUAUCCCGACGGUUUCGACGACAAUCGCAAGGCGAUAGGCGCGCUCAAGCCCGAUCCGUGCGCCGUAUACUUCUGCGACUUCGGCGACUUCCUCCUCGGGCUCUAUCACUUGGAGUCACAUUACAGUGAUUGGGCUGGGGCGCGGGGGGCGUACCUUGACACCGUGUUCAAUGUUAAGCUGGUCGGUGAUGAUUGGAGCAAGGACCCGUGGAACCAUAUGGAUCCCGCGAACGGCUACGACGUCAUACUCAGAUCGAAUGCCCUCACAAUGCUCUUUGAGAUGACACCCGAGUUUGUCGAGUCGGUCGAGGACCAUUGGGAUGAACCCAAGUUCCUCGUUGGCCUUCUGAAACUGGUAACCCGGAACUUCAUGGUUAUCGAUGAGGAAGAUGAGGGUCGCCCAGGAGAGGGCAAGGCUACCCUUGUCGGGUACGACACGUGGCCACUGAGUGUGCUGCCGGACCCUAGCGAACGCGACGGAGCUGGGCCGCCCGCCAACGCAGCAGAGUGCGUGCGUCGCUGGGUCACUAUCCACGUUGCGGAUGUGAAGGAGGAGGCGCAAGAGAAGGGCCUGAAGCUCACCCGGCCAGAGGACGAGCUGAACGACCCGAUUCGCUUGCUUUCACUCGAGGAGUGGAGGCAGGAGAUAGGCGAGGAAUACUUCAAGCUCAUGACCGACAAGAAGUAUCAGUACGAGUCGAAGAAGCCGUUGCCGCCCUUCAAGCGUCAUCCCAGUGUCGAGCCGCUGUCGCUUAUUGGACAUCAUAACGCAGGAGAUCGCUGGAUCUUUGCCGACGGCCUACAUACCUUGGAGUCGAAAGUCGAUCUCGCCAACGUCAAGAAAGUCGUACAAUGUCGGUGCACCAGUGCACCCGGCGUCUUCGUGAUCGAAGCAGAAAUCGGCGCUGACCAGCAGGACAUGAAGCGCGAAACACAGCCCACGGCAGCCGGGCUUAAGCCGAAACUCCCUAGGACCUUGACCGGGCCAACCGAGAAUGGCGCAGGGCUUCUCAAGAACGGCGCGACCAAGAUAACGAAACUCUGCGUAGAAACGGUGCCGCACAUUCUGGACGAAAUCAUCGCCAAUGCGUCCCCGGGGACGCUGCGGGUGCUGCGUGCGACAGCGAGCUGGGUAAAGCGCGCGGUCGAUAAGAAUCAGCGUCACUUCCGCCUCACUCUGCAGGAUCUCGGGUUGUACGAUUCGAUGAGCGACUCCAGGGACUUCUCCGACUGGGGAAUGAUUGCCCAGGAAUGGAGGGAGAGACCUCCCCCCAUCAACCGGAGGAGUUCAUUCAGCCUGCGACUGCGCUGCCGCGCCACUGCCACUGGAGCACUACAGGAAGGCGUUCUCCUGAAAAUGGACGUGCUCGAUGUCGAGGCUCUUCCGAGGCGCAUGUGGCAUGACUAUGUAGACGCAGGUCUCGGCAUCCCCUUUGCAUUCAACCGGAUCAGUUUUCACGCUCCUCAGUAUGCCAGUUUCGGUGGUGGAAACUGGACGGAACAUUGGGCGAAGGAGAAUGAGAAGUGGUACUCUGUCCAGCCUCGACUCGUCCGCUACCUCGAUGGUCUUGGUAGCAGCGAUUCGAGAUACGGAGAGCACCGGUACAAGCCCGACAUCUGUGCUUUGACCGUGCACGCCGAAGGAUUCCAACGUGAUUGCGCGCCGCUCACCGCUGUUUUCAAUAUCAGGCUCGGGGAGGCCUGCAGCUUAGUGCCGCAGCGCCAGAUCCCGUGGCGGACGUCGAACAUCCACAAGUGGGAGGGCGACCUUACGCUGCUUGUCACUGCGGACUCGUCGUACGCGAGGGCAGUCAGAGGCACACCGAGCCUGUUCUGGAACGACCUGCUCCAUUCUUUCCAUGCCCCAUCGAUCCUUACCGCCCCUCAAAUCUGCCUGGACAAAGGCUCCAACACGAUCGUGGGCUCAGACGCAUGGCCGGUCGAUAUACUUCCCGACCCACGCCACAUGCCGGCGGAGUGGGCAGGGGAGGGGUUCUUCGGGCAGAGAGUGGCUGCUCCUAUCCCAGAUGAAUGGAACGGUGCGCAAUGCAUGACAGCCAGACUGCAGUGGUGGAUCGAGUACUGGCAGCUCUACUCCCUCGAUGUCGACCAGGGGCAAGCUGCCGCCCGAAAAAGCGCGUUCAGCUACUCACAGUGGCGGAAUGGGGGGCAAGGGUCGGUGCCACAUAUUCCGAGCUCAUGA